AACGUCCGCAGGCGCGGGGUCUGUCGGGUAUCGGCGGCGGCGGCGGCGCUUUGCGGCUGGUCGUGCGAGCUGGGCGCGGGCGGGCGGGCGCGGCGGCCGUGGCGCGCGCAGGUGAUUGACUGCUCUCUUGGCUGAGGGCAGCGCUGGGUUCUUUCGGCUGGCAGGGGCCCGUGCCCGUUCGGGCGGAGACGGAGGCGGCGCCGGAGGCCACCGGGCUCGGCGAGUGCUACCUCGGUCAAGGCCAUGGCUCCGCGGCUGCAGCUGGAGAAGGCGGCCUGGCGCUGGGCGGAGANGGUGCGGCCCGAAGAGGUGUCGCAGGAGCACAUCGAGACCGCUUACCGCAUCUGGCUGGAGCCGUGUAUCCGAGGCGUGUGCAGAAGAAACUGCAGAGGAAACCCGAAUUGCUUGGUUGGCAUUGGCGAGCACAUUUGGUUAGGAGAGAUAGAUGAGAAUAGUUUCCAUAGCAUUGAUGAUCCCAACUGUGAGAGGAGGAAAAAGAAUUCCUUUGUGGGCUUGACUAACCUGGGAGCCACCUGUUACGUCAACACCUUUCUCCAGGUGUGGUUCCUCAAUUUGGAGCUUCGGCAGGCGCUGUACUUAUGCCCCAGCACCUGCAGUGAUUACCCGAAGGGAGACGGGAUCCAUGGAGGAAAAGAUUAUGAGCCUCAGACAAUUUGUGAGCAUCUUCAGUACUUGUUUGCUUUGUUGCAAAACAGUAACAGACGAUACAUUGAUCCUUCAGGAUUUGUUAAAGCCUUGGGCUUGGAUACUGGGCAGCAGCAGGAUGCACAAGAGUUUUCCAAGCUCAUUAUGUCGCUGUUGGAAGACACUUUGUCUAAACAGAAGAACCCGGAUAUUCGGAAUGUCGUGCAGCAGCAGUUCUGUGGAGAAUAUGCCUAUGUGACUGUGUGCAAUCAGUGUGGCCGAGAGUCUAAGCUUGUAUCGAAGUUCUAUGAACUGGAGUUAAACAUCCAAGGCCACAAGCAGUUAACAGACUGCAUUUCAGAGUUCCUGAAGGAAGAACGAUUAGAAGGAGACAAUCGAUACUUCUGUGAAAACUGUCAGAGCAAACAGAAUGCUACACGGAAAAUCCGACUUCUGAGCCUNCCUUGCACUCUGAACUUGCAGCUGAUGCGUUUCGUGUUUGACAGGCAAACUGGACACAAGAAGAAGCUCAAUGCAUACAUCGGCUUCUCAGAGAGUCUAGAUAUGGAGCCUUAUGUGGAGCACAAAGGCGGGUCCUUCGUGUACGAGCUCAGUGCCGUCCUCAUCCACAGAGGAGUCAGCGCCUAUUCUGGCCACUACAUCGCACAUGUGAAAGACCCUCAGUCUGGAGAAUGGUACAAGUUCAAUGACGAGGACAUAGAGAAGAUGGAGGGCAAGAAGCUUCAGCUAGGGAUUGAGGAAGAUCUAGCAGAACCUUCUAAAUCCCAGACCCGUAAACCCAAGUGUGGCAAAGGAACUCACUGCUCCCGAAAUGCAUACAUGCUGGUUUAUAGGCUGCAAGCCCAGGAAAAGAACCACACAAUGGUUCAAGUCCCAGCCUUUCUCCAAGAGCUGGUAGAUCGCGAUAAUUCCAAAUUUGAGGAGUGGUGUGUAGAAAUGGCCGAGAUGCGCAAGCAGAGUGUGGACAAAGGCAAAGCGAAGCACGAGGAGGUGAAGGAGCUGUACCAAAGGUUGCCUGCUGGAGCUGAGCCCUAUGAGUUUGUGUCUCUUGAAUGGCUGCAGAAGUGGUUGGAUGAGUCAACACCCACCAAACCGAUCGAUAAUAAUGCUUGCCUGUGUUCCCACGACAAGCUUCAUCCUGAUAAAAUAUCAAUUAUGAAGAGAAUAUCGGAAUAUGCGGCUAAUAUUUUCUAUAGUCGAUAUGGAGGAGGUCCAAGACUAACUGUGAAAGCCCUUUGUAAGGACUGUGUUGUGGAACGCUGUCGUGUACUGNGCCUGAAGAAUCAGCUGAAUGAAGAUUACAAAGCUGUCAACAAUUUGCUGAAAGCGACAAUGAAGGGCAGUGAUGGAUUUUGGGUAGGAAAGUCUUCCUUGCGUAGCUGGCGCCAGCUGGCUCUUGAACAACUAGAUGAGCAAGAUGGUGAGGCGGAGCAAAGCAACGGGAAGAUAAACAGGAGCACCUUCAAUAAAGGUGAUGGGGUGUUCCGUGCUUCUGGAGAUAGAACCCUUACAGUGUGUGUGUAUGGGGUGGGGUGGGGUCUCUGUCCACAGGGUUCCUCCCACCACCCCAGCUGCUACUGCUGUUGCUCUGCAGAUUGGUGUCCCUGGCUUUUUCUUGAAUGUGGGGGAUUCCACUGGCUGACCUUGAGCGUUUGGCCUCCUCAAGGAGAGUUAAGCAUAUCUGAAAAUGAAAGAAGGCUGGUUUCUCAGGAGGCUUGGAGCAAGCUGCAGCAGUACUUCCCAAAGGCUCCUGAGUUCCCAAGUUAUAGAGAGUGCUGUUCGAAGUGCAAGAUACUAGAACGAGAAGGUGAAGAAAAUGAAGCCUUGCAUAAGAUGAUAGCAAAUGAGCAGAAGACCUCACUUCCAAACUUGUUCCAGGACAAAAACAGACCAUGUCUCAGUAACUGGCCAGAGGACACGGAUGCUCUCUAUAUUGUGUCGCACUUCUUUUUAGAUGAAUGGCGGAAAUUUGUUAGAAAGCCUGCAAGGUCUGCUCCUGUGUCGUCAAUUGGGAANGCUGCCCUUCUGUGUCCACAUGGAGGACUCAUGUUUACAUUUCCUUCCCUCACCAAAGAAGACUCGAAACUUAUAGCUCUCAUAUGGCCCAGCGAAUGGCAAAUGAUUCAAAAGCUCUUUNUUGUGGAUAAAGUAAUUAAAAUCACAAGAAUUGAAGUGGGAGACGUGAAUCCUUCUCAAACACAGUAUAUUUCUGAACCUAGUCUCUGUCCAGAUUGCAGAGAAGGUCUGCUGUGCCAGCAGCAGAGGGACCUUCGAGAGUAUACCCAAGCCACCAUCUAUGUCCACAAGGUUGUGGAUAACAAAAAGGUGAUGAAGGACUCGGCUCCCGAGUUGAAUGUGAGUAGUUCUGAGACGGAAGAAGACAAGGAGGAAGCUAAGCCAGAUGGGGAGAAAGACCCUGACUUCAAUCAAAGCAAUGGAAGUACCAAGCGACAGAAGACAUCCCAACAGGGCUAUGUGGCCUACCAGAAGCAGGUCGUCCAGAGGAGCACGAGACACAGGAAGGUUCGGGGUGAGAAGGCGCUGUUGGUGUCUGCCAACCAGACGUUAAAAGAAUUGAAGAUUCAGAUCAUGCACGCAUUUUCAGUUGCUCCAUUUGACCAGAAUUUAUCAAUUGAUGGAAAGAUUUUAAACGACGACUGUGCCACCCUUGGUACCCUCGGCGUCAUUCCUGAGUCUGUCAUUUUGUUAAAGGCUGAUGAACCAAUUGCAGACUACGCUGCAAUGGAUGAUGUCAUGCAAGUUUGUAUGCCGGAAGAGGGCUUUAAAGGUACAGGCCUGCUUGGACAUUAACCUUUGACCUCUCGCUGACUGCCAAGGAAUGACCAGAAAGGAAGACGAACUUGACAUGUUAGGGCAUUAAAGAAAAUGUGGUUUUAAGAAUGAAACUCUUACCUGGCUCUUCCAAAAGACAAAAAUCCAUUCAAAAGAGACUGUCCCACUUGCCUUAUGUCAAAUAAAGCAGAUUGCACUGAUGGGCAUCAGACUUGAAGGAAGUGUUUCAGAUUUUCUAUUUAAGGUGGGAGGGAGAGGGCGAGCGAGGACUGAGCAGGCAGAGCAAGAGUAGGAGUGAAUCAUGUUUACACUGAGGGAGUGAAGCCCUGGUCAGUCCACACAGAUGCCCUGCUCACUAGCGGACCUGUGUCACAGUACAUGGGCUAGCAUCCUGCUCCAAACUCCAAGUGACUGUCUAGAGACAAGAUCUGCUAACCCAGCCUUUAUUUAACCUAUACUCACCUUUCAAUAAAGCAUGAACGUGAAGGACUUGCCAACGAGGAACGUGUCUUCAGAGCACCACUCCUGCAGGACAGCCACAGCCCUGCCACCUACCUGCUCACUGUCUGUCAGUGCUGAGUAGAAGGGUCAAGCCAGUGACUGUCUUAGUUUUCCUCCAUCAUCCCAGAGGGAUAGGAAAUAUUCAGUGUAUGGUGGCAGCAAAGAGAGUAUCCCUGAACGUUUGAAAAGCCAAACCGGAGCUCUGUAGGACAGCACGGGUUUUCAUAGACAACCCUCCCACUCUCCAGUUCUGCCUUCCUCGGACCUCACUGCUUUUUUGAAAACCCUUAAGACUAUACAGGGUGUGCUGCCUCACCAACUCAGGAUCACUGUUGACGGUAGUUUAAGCAGCAUCAGGAUCUGCUCAAACAGAAAAAGGUUUUAGGGGAGCAUGGACGGGGCUGGGCAGCGAUUUGCAUUUUCUCUAUCAAGUGGAUGUUGGUAUGUUUGUGGCCCAGUUGCUGAUACAGAUUUUUUUUUUUUUAAACCUAGUUUGUUGAAAAACUUUAACUGAUGUAUACAUGCUGAUCUCAACAUUGGCAGCAUCUUUUGGUAGCUUUCUGCUCCCAACAUGGUAUUUAUGUUUGUAAUGAAGAAAGAGUGUUCUAGAGAUGGUGAAAAGCGCGGGGCGGAGCCAGGAGAGCUGCACACCUUCCUGAAAGACUGACUUCUCAAGGAGCUCCUGCCUUUGGGGACACAGGGACUCACGGGACCCUGGCUUUCAGAUCUGUCCUUUACCGAGCAACACGGAAAUGGGACCAAGCCUCACUCACCAAGAGCCCACUCUUUCCCAAGGCCAAGACAUUUGAAAGUCACCAGCUGUUUGACAGAUGGUCUUUACUGUCCUUAGAAAGCCAGAGUUUGUGGCUUUGUAACAAAGCAUUGGCGGGACCUCAGCACCCCUGAAAGGUGGGGGGGCCAGGUGGCAAGGAGCAGCUGUUCCUCCCCCCUUUCUCCUGGCAUUGGCUGUGCACAAGCCAGAAGUUAACACUGUGAGGUUGGUUGCAUAGGCAUCCUUUGUUUCCUUUACGAAAUGUUAGCAAGGUAAUAGCCAUUAACUCCUGUCAGGCAAAUACAGUGGGGCAGACCCAGUUCCAGUGAGCUGAAGUGGGCUGCUUCCGCCUCACAGCCGGUGCCCGCCACUGCAGAGCCAGAGCCUUACUGGAACUUCAGCUCAGACCCCCCCACCUUGUUCAGUGGAACAAGGCCACUCCCGAAAAGCUUGGGAUCCCCGGGCCGUGGCUUCCUCACAGCUUGAAGCAGACAUAUUUCAAAGAGUCUGCACUCGGACUUACCAGCUGCCAUGUUCCUGCUCACUAACCCAUGCUAUUUGGUUGUCCGCUGAGCUGGGAUGGCUCUAUACAGCACAGGCUAGCUAUUCUGCUGGGUUCUAAAGCUACAUUCAGGAACCACAUUAAACCAGAUUAUGAAUCUCCAGGCUUCUUUAUGUUUCCUUUUUCUUUCCCAAGCAGGGUUUCCUGUAACCCAGGCUGGCCUUGGACUCACUAUGUAACCAGGAUAACCUUAACUUCUGAUCUUCCUACUUCCUCCUCCCAGGUGCUGGGAUUGCAGGCAUGUGGCCACUGUGACAGGUUUCCUGUGCUGUGCCGAGGCCCGGGCCCAGCGCCUCGUGCACACUAGAGAGAAUUCUGCAUACUGACCCACAUCCCCAGCUCUACCCGUGUAUAUUUCUAGUCAUUCUUUAAACCCAAGCAAAUGUGUAGAGUCUCCUAUGCUGAGAUGGUUUUUGCCACUACCAGACAUGUAGGCUAUCAUUUGACGUCUUUAUUCCCUGAGAGAAAACUUCUUUUCUGUAUUUAUGAACUUUAUUAUUGAGAAUCACUGUUAACCUUUCUGCCAAAUUAAAGACCCUCGUGUCUCUGUUUCCACGGA